UGUAAUGUUGUGCAAUAUUAGCAGAUUAAUUAUCUUACCCAAGUUACGCUCCCCCGUAAUUGCUCUAUCCAGGCAUUAUCAUCCAGCAACCGAAGUAGAUGAUAGACUAUAUGGUUUAAGUUCCGACCAGGUGGAACUUAGAAGAACAGUUUCAAAGUUUGCCCAAGAUGAACUGGCUCCUCACGCAGAGCGCAUUGAUAAAGAGAACAAUUUCUCAGAACUGAAAGAUUUCUGGAAAAGGUUGGGAAACCUGGGCCUUCUGGGAAUCACAGCGCCUGAAGAGUAUGGGGGUUCUGGGAUGGGCUAUCUUGCUCACUGUAUAGCGAUGGAGGAAUUAUCACGUGCCAGUGCGUCUAUUGGACUGAGUUACGGGGCUCAUUCUAAUUUAUGCGUGAACCAAAUUGUCAGACAUGGUAAUGAUUCUCAAAAAGAGAAGUAUCUUCCUAAAUUAAUUUCUGGCGAGCACAUAGGAGCUCUAGCAAUGAGUGAAGUGAAUAGCGGAUCUGACGUUGUAAGUAUGAAGCUCAAAGCGCAGUUUGAUGAAAGUAGUAAUUCGUAUAUCCUGAAUGGUACCAAGUUCUGGAUUACAAAUGGUGCAGAUGCGGAUACGUUGGUAGUGUAUGCAAAAACGGCAGGGAGCGAGAGAAAGCCACAACAUAGCAUAUCGGCGUUUGUGAUUGAGAAAGACAUGAAAGGGUUCUCAACUGGACCUAAGCUGGACAAGUUAGGUAUGCGUGGAUCCACAACUUGUGAACUUAUCUUCGACAACUGCCGUGUGCCAGCUGAGAAUAUGCUGGGCCAGGAGGGCAGAGGAGUUUAUGUCAUGUUGAGUGGACUGGACCUGGAACGGCUAGUGCUGGCUGCUGGGCCAGUUGGUAUUAUGCAAGCAUGUCUAGAUGUGACAGUUCCUUAUUUGCAUACAAGAGAGGCUUUCGGAGCCCCCAUUGCCCAUUUCCAGUUCAUGCAAGGUAAAAUGGCAGAUAUGUACACCCGACUUAACUCGUGUCGUAGCUACCUGUACAACUUAGCCCGAGCAGCCGACGAAGGAAACUUCAGCGCGAGAGACUGUGCCGCAAUUAUUCUCCUCUCGGCUGAAAACGCAACUCAGUGUGCCCUAGAUGCAGUACAGUGUCUGGGUGGCAAUGGUUAUAUAAACGACUACCCGACCGGCAGGUUGUUGCGAGAUGCGAAACUCUACGAGAUUGGAGCUGGAACUUCGGAAGUGAGACGACUGGUGAUUGGCCGUGCUUUCAAUUCGGCCUUCAAAUAGGGCAUUAUUUUAGUUUAUUUAGGUGCAGUUUUGUUUUAGAUGUAGAAAUUAUGUCAUGGAUUGAUAACAGGAUUGAUAAUACAUAUGUCUGU